GGCUUUAAUUGGAACUCUUUUGGAAUUACUCCUACUUGUUUCUGAAUCCUAACCCAUCCCUUACAUCCAUCAUGAGGAACUCAUUCUUCAUAUUCUCUUCUCUGCUCCUGAGCUCUGUAUAUGAGGCAUGGGCACAAAUCCCACCAUGCGCUGCAAGCUGCCUGACCUCUCUCCCCGCCGGAUGUCAAUCCAGCGACAUCUCAUGCAUCUGUAAAGAUUCAUCCUUCUCCAUCGGAAUCUACUGCUGCGCCGUUCCGAGAUGCAGCCCCGGCGAUCUCGAAGCCGUGAGCACCUUCGCCGAAAGCCUCUGCUCAUCAGCCGGCGUCCCCGUCGUAUCCAAUCCAGUCUGCCCGGCUACGAAAGCUGCCAGUACCGCAGCCUCCAGCAGCACCGCGCAAUCCAGCAGCAGCACCGUCCAAGCAUCCUCAACCACCAGUUCCAAGCCCCUAUCCACCACUUCAACCCAAACCACAGUCACAAGACUCACAGCAAGUUCAGCAAGUACCACGAGUGUCCCCAGUUCCACAAGCGCGACGGCGUCCACGACGUCUACGCCGUCCGCCGCAGCCGCAGCGCGGAGCGGCCCAACAAUGCCGGGUCUGAGAGCUGGUGCGGCCAUUGCAGCGAUUGCGCUGUUUGCAGCUCUGUAGUACUAGCUGGCUGUUGAUGGGAGUCUGAGGAUAUAUAUCUGAACUAAGAUAGACAUAGAAGGCUUAUAUAAUGAAUAGAUUUGAUUGCUUCUUUCGUGG